UGCCAUUUUGUUUUGUGGUUUAAUAAGAAUUCUUUUGGCUAGGUGGGAUAACUUAUGAAUAUCAGCAAAUGUGUGUCAUUGACUCUAAAUUCUAUUUGCAUUGAGUUUGGCCUGGUCCAGCAAGCAUAUACAUAGUUAGAAGGAGCUUUUUAAUUAAGGAAUAUUCAGUGGUUAUGAAAUUUUGAAAUUCAGACGAAUUUAUUGAGGGCCAAAAACUCACUAUUCAUGUACACAGCAAAAACACAUAUGUUAUAUGGGAUGCAUCAUCGUAUUUUAGUGUUAAUUUAUGUCAUUUCUACAUUAAAUUUCAAAUGAUGCAUUUUAUUUGAGAUGUUUUAUGUUAUUAUAACACAUCUGUUUUUACUGUGUAAUUGUGGCUUGCUGUUGUGUGAAAUUUCUUAUUUCCAUGUGGGCCUGACUCUGUGAACUCAAUUACUGAUAUUGGAAUCUGGGAUACGUGUGUAUAUAUAUGGGGAACCUAUCACACAUGCAUGUCCAUCAUGCAUGUCAUGCACGCGUACGUCACCCACACAAAACAUGUAUACUACUGAAAAAUGGCCGGUAUAGAGUUGCCAGCUAGUAUCUGAGGAGUUGAGUUGUAGUGUGUGUCUGAGUGGUUUCAGAGAGCCCAAAGUGUUGUCGUGUUGUCACAGCUUCUGUUAAGUAUUGUAAAUUUCAUGUGUGUGCUUUUUUUCUGCACGGCACUGUGUAUAUGUAUACAUGUCCAUUCUGGGUUACAUGAUUGUCUGAACACGUUACUGAGCAGCAAUUAAGGAGGACACACACACCCUGGCCACUUGUCAGCAGUGCGAGGAUAACAACAAUGCAGUGGCUUAUUGCAGCACUUGCUCCCAUAUCUGUGAUAAGUGUCUAGCAGCUCACAAAGAAUUCAAAACGUUUCGAUUGCACGAAAUUGUCAUUGGUGACAAGGAAUCUGAAAUUGAAAGUACUGCUCAGUCGAAGAAGACAUACUAUUGUACUGUUCACCCUGAGGAUAAUCUUUACUGCAAGACAUCCGAAACUUGUACUGAUCCUAUUGAAAUGCCGAUCACCUUUAGAUCACUAAUUAUAAUUAUAACUGUUUAAAGUGAUGACAGCUUUCGCCUAUACACCUAAACAUUUCUGGCCUAGAGAGAACCAUAAUCUGAGGCUCAGUGGAUCAGUAUAGUAGGAACGUAAUUGUACUACUAGAGAAAAUGUGUACAUUGUACAAGAUCAAUUAUUACCCCAAGUUUAUAUGUAUAUAAUAAUAUUAUUUAGACACUAGUUGAUAAGAUCUACAUGCAUGGGAAGUACAUGGGAAGUACAUGGGAAAAGUGCCUCAGAGCAGGUAUACUAUAUGGGACUUAGUAUACCUGCAAAUUUACUUAGUAUACCUAGUAUUCCGUUGUCAAGUAAUUGUAUUGUAGUCAAGCGGUUUGCGCAUGCGCACUAGUAUCUAAAUGAGUUAGACACUUUUGUCAGUGUCCAUGUGAUUUAGAAGCCCUCAGCCACUUUAGUACCCUCGCUACGCUCGGGAUACUAAAUCAGUGCCUUUGGGCUUCUAAAUCCCAUAGACACCUCCAAAACAGUGUCUAACUGUUAUGUAAUUAUUGACUUACAUACAGAAACAGUGACCAUGCAUGCAUACAUAUCUGAUUAUCACUGCACCCACGACCACUGGUGCCCAUGGUUACCUGGUAUCUCGACCUCUCUGUGUCCGUGGGUUAUCUUCACACAUGGCUUGCAUACUCUUAUGUAUAUAAACAAUGCCAACGACGACACCUAUAUACCACAAGCUUUCACAGACAAUGCUGCCAUGAAUGUUACAAAAAGUCAAAAUGAAUGGACAUUUGAUUUUUCUCCUCCAAGUGAAACCACCAGCAUCACUUUAAACUUGACAGCAAGUGGGCGGGAUGAACAAAAAAACUUUCCAAACACUGCAAAACUUUAUUUGCGCAAGUAUAGGUUCAAUGUUAAAUUUGGUCGGAAUUGUGUUACGUCAUUUGUGCUAUAUACUUGUGUAAGGCUUCAUCUUAAACACCACAUGUACAUGUAUGCAGAUUUUCCUUGUAAAGGUAAGUCCACAAUGGCAGUACCAGUUAAAAUGUUUACACACCUGUGCUCGUUUCUUAAUGUCACAUCUAUACUUGUUGCUAACGGCCUGCAGUUCGUAUGCAGCACGGGCCUCAAUGCAAAUAGAAUAGGUUCCUUUGUGUAGUGGAGUGAACUGUAUACUCCAUAGAUCAUCACCGUCUUGGUAUACUUGAGCAUUAGCCUUUUCCGGUUGUUCCUUUCUCUGUACACACAUGCAGUAACAGAUAUCUAGCUGCAGCUAUACACAUGCAUGCAUGUAACCGUAAGCUCUCUGUAGUACGUAGCUCUCUCUCAUAUUACAAUCUUAGUGUGGCUUUUACCAUUAUUUGUAUCAAUUAUGUUGACUUUUUUGUUCCUUAGGGAGGUUAUGGUGUAAUGCUUUUAUUGUGAAGACGCAGUAUGACUAUAAUUAUACUUAUGUGGUAUACAUGUAGGUGGUUGCAUGUACUAUAUCCGACUUAUUUAUAUCAUGUUGUCAAGAUUAAUUUUAUAAGCGUGUAACAAAAGUCAUACAGUCUCUUCUGUGUUAUAUUUAUUUUUAUUACACAGUCGCGUAGCCUCGAGGAUGAUUUGGUAAGGGGUCGUCGUGAUAUAAAACACACGCAUAAUUAUAUAGCAUGCAUGAGAAUCCCUCGUGUUUUAUGCAAGAUAUACGGUCAACUCGCCUUUGGGGCUCUGCCCUCGAGUCGUGCUUGUGCCUGUAUAUUUCAUAAAACACUUGGUCUCAUGCUAUUUGUAAGUUAUUAUAGCUUUUCUGCUGAAAUCAUAAUUAUUAUGAUGUUGACCUAUUGAAUGCUUUGUAUUUAUGAAUAUCAUUGACAAUUGUUCAUCGGUAUGUUUGUGGCCCGUAUGUACUCUAUCACUAAUUAACAAGAUUUUUGCUCUGUGAAGUUAUAUAGACAAUGGCUCUGAGUAAAGCUUUAGCAGUAGCCGAGAAUUGUAGUGUGUGUCUGAGUGGUUUCAGAGAGCCCAAAGUGUUACCGUGUUGUCACAGCUUCUGUCUCCAUUGUCUUGAGGAAGCUCACGAGAAGACCAAAGACAAGAAAAGCCUAACCUGUCCUCAGUGCAGGACACAGCAUCAGAUGCCCCCUAAUGGAGUGAAGGGCUUUCUAAAUGACUACACAUUAAUACCAAGCAAGGAGGACACACACACCCCGGCCACUUGUCAGCAGUGCGAAGAUAACAACAAUGUAGUGGCUUAUUGUAACACUUGCUCCCAUAUCUGCAAUGAGUGUCUAGCAGCUCACAAACGAUGCAAGACUUUUCGAUCGCACGAAAUUGUCAGUGGUGACGAGGAAAGCCAAAGUAAGCUCCAGCCGAAGAAGACCUACUACUGUACUGUCCACCCAGAAGAAGGUCUCAAGGUUUACUGCAAGUCAUGUCAAGUGUUAGCUUGUAUUUACUGUUUUAUGAGCGCACAUAACGGUCAUGAUAUCAGGAACAUUGAUAAUGAAUCAAGAAUGGAAGCAGAGAAGACCAUCAAUGAGUUAGCUGACAUCACUAAUUCCAAGUUAAGAGAAUUCGAAAAUAACUGGAAGUAUAUCUCAUCUGUUGAAAAGGACAAGGCAGAAAGUUCUGCUCCAAUCAAAGAUGAAAUUAGUAAGAAAGUUAGUAUACUCAUUGCAAAAAUAAAACAAAAACAAAAAAAAAUGCUCCAGGAGAUUGACGAUGCUUGUACAAAGGACCUUAAAGAAUUGUGGGCACAGAAAGAAUACCACGAGACAGCCAUUACGAGCAUGGAGGGUGCUCUGAGCUUUGCCAGAAGAGCUCUAGCCUGCAAGGAAGACACGGAACUACUGGCCCUCUCAGGGGCGGAUCCAGGAAAAACAAAAGGGGGGGGCUAGCUAGAAAGGGGCAAGAUUUGACCUUUGAACUUUCAUAUUAAUGAGUAGAAUACUUUGACCUCUGCACUUACUUUUAAUACUAUGGUGAUACUGUACUGAUCAGAUGUACGUAAGUACGUACAGCUAGCUAGCUAGCUAGGUACGUCCAGCUAGCUACCCUAGAUCCUUUAUACUCCUAGUAGCUGUUGUCUAGCAUCUCUCAAGUGAUUUUAAGUGAGUCUACAGAUGCAUAAUUGGUGGCAAAAUUGUUGUAGAGUCAGACUACAACACAUGGUAGUUUUUUCAAAAGGGGGGGGCUUCAGCCCCUCAAAAUCACCCCUGGAUCCGCCCCUGCCUCUGUGCACAAGUCACCUCCAGACUGAAAGAGCUGAGUCAGCUAAAAUGGGAUAGACAAGAGACUGAAAAAAUCGAAAUAACUGCAGUGAAAUGGACGCCUGCAACAUCUGACAACAUUAGUGUCGGGAAAGUUGGCACUCAUAUUGCUAUCCUAAAUAUUCAAAUUGAACCUAUUAAAAUACCGAGCACCUUCAAACCAGGAGUGAUGGUAGUAUUCAGAGUAAUGGUAGCUUUUACCAGUUCUCCUGAAAAUGUUCAACCUAGAGAACACCAUAACCUGAAGCUCAGUGGAUCAGCGUCGUGUUCAGGCUCUAGACAUGCUCCAGGAUAUUACUCGUACCAAAAAUCGGUCGCAGAGAAAGUUGCUGUGCAAAUUGUAAAGAGUCAAAAUGAAUGGACAAUUUACUUUAAUCCUCCAAGUACUACCAGCAUCACUUUAAACCUGACAGCAAGUGGGCAGUAUGGACAACAAUCAGUAUCAACUCGUCGGAGUUUUUGUUUAUCUGUGUGUAUGGCUUGACUUUUGUACUGCAUAAUUAUUGUAUGUAAGUUAUCAUUAUUUUGUUUUGUCGAAUGAAUCCACAAUGGUAAUUAUUUGUACAAAUUAACGUGUGUUCUGAGUUUAUUAUGCAAGCAUG